AUGCAGGAGCUCAGCAACAAGCUCACAGCCAGCAAGUUCGCCUCUUUGAUCACCCUCCUACCACCGACGAGCUUCCACAUGACAGUCUUCGAAGGCGUGUGUGAUCAAGUUCGGAAAUCCGGAUACUGGCCAUCUGAUCUAUCUCUCGAUGCCCCUCUUGAGGAGUGCAACUCCAAGUUCGAGAAAGCUCUGGGUGCAUUUGAUCUCGGGGAUGAGUAUGCGCCCCCGUACAAGAUGACGGUGAGGGGGUUCGACCCACUCGAAAUCGGCAUCGGUGUCCGGCUUGACGGGCGCACGCCGGCCGAGACGGAGCGACUCAGAUCCUUGCGGAACAAACUCGCAGACAAGCUGAACAUCCGGCACCCGAUACAUGAUGGCUACGGCUUUCAUCUCAGUGUUGCAUACCUGCUGAGACAUCUCACAGAUGAGCAGAACCGAGAGCUCCAGGCUCUGCUGCUGAAACAUUUUGAGAAUAUGCCCAAGGAGUUCGAGUUGAGCGCGCCGGAAUUUUGCACCUUUGAGAAUAUGUUUGCAUUCAAGCGCGCCUUUUUUCUUGGGAAAGAGCGAAGUUGA